GCAGAACAUUUAUGAGUCUUUUGCAGGGCAGACAAAAACCCCAAGCUCUAACUCAAAUAGGGUAGGAAUCAGAGAGGCAGAGGCUUACCAGUGAGUUCUUUUAAAUGCUGAGUUCCUCUACAACUUGCUGUUCUUCUGUCUGCAGUGUUCCCUAAAGAAAUAGCUAUUCUCUUAAGGUAUGUUUUUCUCCAUUUCCUUUAAAGAGUGAAUGAGUUUACAGCAGUACAAAAAUUGGAGAAAAACAUGGUCAUUUGCACAGCCUUAAAAAUAAACCUGAUUAGAGCAUGUGUUUUUCUAGGUGUAGAGUUACUUAAACUGGAUAGCCAAAAUAUUUCUUGGCUUGUUUUGUCCUGGAUUGUAGGAGGGCUUUUGAUUUUUGCUACUUGCAUGUACUAGUGUGGUGCACACUUUGUGCACUUGCAACUUAAAAAUAAGUUAGAAAAUACUUGGACUAAGAAUUUUUAUCCCUCCACUGAACGUCGGACAAGUGGUGGCAUCUGCAGAGCCAGAAAAGGAAAGGCUUGCCUUAUACAGAGAGCACUGUGCAGUGACACAAUGGCUUCAGUAUAAAGUGUUGCUUGUCCUGAACUAGACAGCAAAGGAACAAAGAAUAACUGAGGGACUGUUUUUGAGACCAAAGAUAAUUGAAAAGGCAUCAAUCAUCUUGCAAUGGAGAAAUUCAAGGCUGCUAUGUUGCUGGCAGGGGUUGGGGAUGCUCUGGGCUAUCGAAACUUCACCCGGGAAAACAAUGCUUUAGGUGCAAAGAUCCAAGGCGAACUAAAGGAAAUUGGAGGACUUGAGAACCUGGUGCUGUCCUCUGACAAAUGGCCAGUGAGUGACAAUACCCUUAUGCACAUGGCUACAGCUGAAGCUCUCGUUACAGAUUACUGGUGUUUAGAAGACCUCUAUCGGGAACUUGUAAAACGUUAUGUUGAUGCUAUUGACAAACUUCCUGAGAAGCGGUCAGACCCUGCUACUACUGAAGGUCUUUCACAACUGAAGCCAGACAACUAUCUCUUAGCUUGGCACACACCAUUUAAUGAGAAAGGUUCAGGAUUCGGAGCAGCUACAAAAGCCAUGUGCUUAGGGAUGAAAUAUUGGAAGCCUGAGAGGCUGGAAACUCUCAUUGAAGUCAGCAUUGAAGUUGGACGAAUGACUCACAAUCAUCCUACAGGGUUUUUGGGAUCGCUGUGCACAGCCUUGUUUGUGUCAUAUGCAAUACAAGGAAAACCGCUGGUACAAUGGGGAAGAGAAAUGAUGAAGGUUGUCCCAAUGGCAGAAGAAUACUGCAAAAAGACCAUUCGGCACAUGGCAGAAUAUCAGGAGCACUGGUUUUACUUUGAAGCAAAAUGGCAGUUUUAUUUGGAGGAGAGAGAAAUUAAUGAAGAAAAUCAGAAUAAAGCUCAAUUUCCUGACAAUUUUGAUGCAGAGGAAAGAGAAAAGACUUAUAGGAGAUGGAGCUCUGAAGGUCGUGGUGGAAGGAGAGGUCAUGAUGCUCCCAUGAUUGCAUAUGAUGCUCUCUUAGGAUGUGGUGGUGACUGGACAGAGCUCUGCAACCGAGCAAUGUUCCAUGGUGGUGAGAGUGCAGCCACUGGAACGAUUGCUGGUUGCUUGUAUGGAUUGCUUUAUGGCUUCAACAAGGUUCCUAAAGGCUUGUAUCAGGAUUUUGAACAAAGGGAGAGGCUAGAAUACCUGGGAGACAAUAUUUUCCGACUAUCUUCAGAGGAAAACAGAAACAAAGGUACAAAGUUGUGCAGUGAUAAGGUGCUGAUUGAUCCCAAAACACUGAAGAAGAAGCUCAGUAAGAUGUCAACAGAACAGGGUGCCUUUGCUGUCCUCAGCAGCCUUCUGCUUUACCUGACAGACCUCAUAUCCAGCCAGCCACUUUCUCAGAAUAAGAAGGCAAAGUGGCUAGAAGGCAUAGCAAAUAAGGUGAACCGAAGGCAUGAACACCAAAGUGUGAACAGCAUUCGCCCCACAAAAUUCCAGCUUCUGCAGUCGAGGUUCAUGAACAACAACCGUGAGCAUUACAGAAAGAAGACAAGAGAGGUUGGCAAGCUAAUAGUUAAAGAUAAGCAGCCUGCCAACCGAAACAGCCUCAACCGCAUUGUAAGCAAGCUAGAGAGAGGCUCUUUAACAGAAGAAACCCCCAAAAUAACAUCCCAGGAUAAGGUCAAAUGGGUUGGCUCUUGUGGGAAAAAUACCGUGAAGAACAUUCUGAAGAAAUUUUUAGCUGCUGAGGAAAAAGAAAUCAAGGAGAAUCAGCCAAUUCCCCAAAAGAAGGCAACAAACAAUAGCCUGCCCAAAAUCAUCAACAAGAAAUCUGUCUUGUCCAAACUGAAAGAGAAGUUUGAACAAACCAAUAAUAUUUGUUCAACUAUUGAGGUGAAAGCUUUGCUGCCGUGCAAAGGGGAGAAAAGGAACAAAAAGGUCCCAGAGAAAAAAGCCACUCGCAAAGCAGUCAUCAGAGAACUGCAGGCAGACCUGAGAACAGUCACACAUUUCAAUAGCCUUCGGCCUCAACAGCUGGUAAUUACAACUGUCCCCGUACCUCAGUUCUGUGUUGCUACUGACAUUAGUCAUCCUUGGAGUUGGGCAACAAAUGCCAAGUGCACCAGCCAGAUUUCUGAUCAUAACCCUGAAGUGGAAGGAACAAAGGACUCCCAGAACAAAUGUGACGUUUGUCCUGAUGAAAACAGAAAACCAGUGAGCACAGCAGAUGGAGGACAGCGGAGAGGACAAUUACAAAAUGAGCAUCAUGAAAUGCCCCAAGUUGUGACUAACAAAAAGGAUAUUGUUGACACAAAUAUGAGUUCUGUAAACCCAGAUACUAAUCUGGACAGCUUUUCACCUUCACAUGAAACUGAAUGCCUUGUAGGCUGCAUUACUACUUUAUCUAACAAUAAUUUAGUCCAGAAAGAGAAUGUUAUACCUCCUCUGGACAAUGAAUUUUCCAGCUCUGGGAACAAAAAUACAUCGCAAACUAUUAGCAAAGAAAACCUAUCUACUGCCUGCCCAUCUUCUAGUCCAAUUGAAAGACCUAGUGCACACAGUCACCAGGAAACUAAGCGGGGUGAGAUUCCUGGCAUACCAGAGGACAUGUGCAGUCCAAAGGAGACAGAAAUAGAAUUAACAGAGACGAUAAGAGAUCCCCCCUUUGCUAGCCAAAAAUGUUUCCCUGAACAGAAAGUAUUGGAAAAUAUCCCACCAUUUUGCACUCCUGUAGCUCAGGCAUCUUGUAAUGUAUCACCUCCAGUCAAUGAUGAUCUGCAAUCUUGUGUUGAGCCAGCAGCUGCUGACAAAAUGCCUCCUCUAAAGUCAAGUCAGAAGAAUGCACAAGAUUUUAAGAACAACAUUUCUGAUAUAGGUCAAAACAAAGGAAAACUGCCUGAUAAAGAAGAAGAAUUUCCUAAGCCAACCAAAAAUGAUCAUACAAACAAAACAAAACAAGAACAACCAAGGUCAGUGGGAAGCCAAGGCAAGCCAUUUGACAGUCAGGCAGAAAGUGACUAUUUGCCCCAGAAGUUGCAAAACCAUCCAAUGCUGAUCCAACAAAAUAACAAGCAUAACUCCAGUCCAAAUAUAUCAAAACAGAGUACAAAUCAGGCAAACCAAGCCCCCAUACCAAUUAACAGUCAGAAAGAGAAAAUUAAAAAUAUAAAAGGAAAUGAUGUUUCUGAUGAUUUUGAAAAGUAUCGCUUCCCUUUGCCUAGUGAUUUAGUGAAAUCCAGCUGUGCUACACCAGUAGAAGAUAUUGGCAAAGCCAAACCAUGCUCAGCGAAUGAAAUGCCAAAUUCUGAAAACAAUAAGGAGAAAGAAAAGAGUAGCCAGAGUAACUUGAAUACCCCUCAAAUGCUGUUAGAAGAAAUCAUCAACAAUGAAACACACAAACUUGAGGAUAAUAUGUGGCCUACUUAUAAAAAAUGUCUUUCACCCUCAUUAGACCAUUCAGGAAAGCCUGCAAGCAACACUGCAGAAGUCAACGGACGUUGGCGUGGUGUUGGAAACCUCCAAACACCACCAUCAGCUGAACUGACAAAGAAGGAAAGCUGCAUUAGAGAAGAUAAGGUUGCUAGUCCUAAUUCUGAGAAACACUGCUUGCCUUCUCCAAAUGAGUUGCUAAAGCCCAAGGGUACACCUGGAAGAGACAACAAAACACGUCACAAUUUAUCAUUAUGCAAUGAUUUAAUCAAGAAUGAAAAUACUGCAGAAGAGAAGAAUACCAUUCAGACUGAUAAACACCAACCAUCUGCAACGAAGUUUAGAAAGCCAGAAAACAAUAUUGCAGGAGUGGCUAGUCCCUUAAGCAACAUGAAGAAAUCCCAGAUGCCCUCAGUAAAUGAAACUGAGAAGAAAGAAAAAAAGGAAGUGAUUCCAGAAGGAAAGCCUGAGAAAAAGAGCUUCCAUCCACAGAACGAAAUGGUGAUGGAAGAAUGCCACAGUGCUGCAGGGAAAAGAGAAGCUCAGAAAGCAGCACAAUAUAGAAGUCCAUCAUCUGCGGAGAGAAGGGAGCAGGAGGACAAGAAAGCAGGAGAAAAAAAUUCUAUAGAGGGAGGUAAAAAGAUGGUUCAGAGCAAGUUGCCCCAGAAAUCAAUAAAAAGUAACCCGAAGAAAGAUGGUUGUGGUGAUACAACAGAAAUGAGCAUCUGUCCGACACAGCAGCGAGCCCCAUCAAAGCGUAACACUAAGAAUUCAGGUGUGUUACUUUCCUCAGAUGACUCAAAACCCCAAAUUCCAUCGAGGAAUCCAAUGAAAUGUGAAGGAACUAUAGCUGGAGAUGAAAACACCGAGAAAGACCAACUACCCUCACUCAAGGAACCAGUAAAACAAUAUAAAAAGGCUGAGAGAAGUAAUGCCCAGGAUAACUUUAAGAAGGACAAAAUGCCAUCAUGUGGUGAUAAAGUGAAGCCUGAAAGUAAAACAGAGAAGAAGCAAGAGAAUAACAGCAAUUCUGGAAAGAUCCAGUUAACUUCAAAAAGUGGACUUCCAAAGAUUAAAAAGAGUACUGCAAGAGAACAGAGCACUUCCUUUGACCUUAAGAAAGAUCAAAUACCUUCAUUAAAUGAACUGAAGAAUGAGCAAACAAAUCCUGCAGUAGGCAAGUCAUGGAAAGGAACCUUAAAUGACUCUAGAAGGCCAGCAGUUAUUCCUAAGGAUGAGAACCCUGCUCCAUGGAAUUCUAAGAACUCCCAGCUACCCUUAUCAGAUGUGACAUUGGACAGACCUCAGAAUAAUCUCCCAUCAGAGAGAGAGCAGCAGCAGCAAAAACAAAUAUCAAAGGAUUACACCAAGCCUAAAUCUAGUAUAAGAGAAGAAAGGCAUACACAUCAACAUUCUGAGAAGUAUCAUUUGCCCUCCCCAGAUGAAGUGGAAAUGCCUGAAAAGAAAGUUGCUGGAAAGAAGGGUUCCUUGAAUACCUUUGACAAAUGCAAAGUUCCACCUGCAAGUCAGGAUAGAACAUUACAGAAGAAGAAAACAGAGUAUGAUACUGAUACACGCCCCAAGUUAUGCUUAUCAGACAAGGCAUUUCCUGCAGAACAGAGGGGAAAACAGCAUAAUUCUGGCAAGUACCAAAUACUAUCAUUAAAUAGGUUAUCAGGCCCUGAGAGAGGAGAGGCUCAAACAUAUGAGGCUAGUGAAAUAAAUGAAAGCAAAGCUAGAUUGGUAGGCUUGGAAAAAUACAUAGCAGAGAGCUACAGUGAACAGCCAAAUGUUUCAUUUUUUAAGCCAAUUGUUAUUCGAGCAAUUGAUACAAUUAAGCUUGAUAACUAGAACCACUUGGACAACUGAAAAUGAGACCUGAAUUUAUAAUCUUUCAGCCAUUGUUUCAUUGCAGGGCAUUAAAUGAUGGUAUGUAAAUCAGACUGGAAUUGUUGUCUACUGAUCGGUUUUGGAUUUCACCUGCCAUUAAAAUUAGUGUCUUCUGAAAUCUCAAGUAUAAUGCAUGUUAUCAGAGAGUAACAAGUCUAUGAUUCAAGUAUGAGACGUCUUAGAUCUAACAGUCAAGGCCUGUGCCAGGGGUCGGUGCCCUUGGGCAGUUGUCGAGGGCCCACUGCUGAUCACUGAGACCACCUCUGUGCCCAUAGCCUUCAUGUGGUAGAGGCAGAGUGACUUUCUCAGGGUGACCCAAGUUAGGCAGUUUGCCGAAGGCCCCCUGGAACCAAGCCAGCUCUGUUAAUAACUAUGGGAACAAUCCGAAGGCCUGAUCUAGACCAGUGUCCUCUGUAACAGGGAUUCCCAGAUGUUGUUGACUACAACUCCCAUAAUCCCUAGCCAAAGGCCAUUGCAGCUGAGGAUUAUGGGAGCUGUAGUCAACAACAUCUGGGAAUCCCUGUUACAGGGGACACUGGUCUAGACAUGCUGUGGAGUGAAGUGGAAUAAUGCUGGGGUGGGAGAAUGGACUGUACCAUCUCAGACUGGAGGGAAGGGUGACAUUUUUGAAUGAUUCCCUCUGUUAAGAACUCUUGGCAAACAGAAAGCCAGCACAGCAGGGAAGGGGCUAGUCUGGAUCUUUUCCCUAAUGUGCGAGCUUUCUCUUAUCAGGAAGCUGUUUGCUGGUGUUUUUUUAACAUGGGGGAGCUUCCAAAAAUGGUAUCAUUCACCAAUAGUGAGAAGUCAUAGAGCUUGUUCUACCACUACAACAUUCUGCUGCACGCCCAGAUAUAGUCAAAAGGAAGCACUUUUAAAUAUAUGGGAAGUUAAUCACACUCUUAAGACUGUUACAUUAGAAUGAACCGCAUAGUAAUGAACACUAGUUCAGAUGGCUUUAAAACAAGGAUUAGACCAAUGAGUAGAGUUUAGGACUAUCAACAGAUAUUAGUCAUUAUGGCUAAAUGGAACUUCCAUGAGCAGAGUUAGUCUGCCUAUAAGUACUAGGGAGUUGCAUGGAACAGAUUUGCAUUUUGUCUGAGCUCGGAAUGGAACGCAAAUUCCCAGAAAGUUCUGUCAGAACAACUAAAAUUUCAGCUGCAUUGUGCCUGAAAUGUCCAUCCCUGACAAAAACUGUUGUUGCUAAAUGCUGAAGUUAGUGCAUAAUUUAAGUGACUCUUCUGAGUGUGAACUUUCUCUUUAUUUACUCAUCUUAAUCAAAUAGUAUUACUUGUCUUCCAGAAAGGGCUUUUUAGAAGGUCACAGUUACACCGCUACUUGAAUCCUGCCUGUAUAUGCAUUGUCUACAUAUGUGCACAGUAUCCUUGAGUGGUUUUCAAAAGCAAGAAGUGAACAUAAUGAUGCUACAGAUUGUGGAGAAAGUAAAGCAAACUGUAGAAGCUGGAAAAGACUGUAACCUAUGGGACAAUAGUGGCUCACAUAUCGCACAAGUGACUGUGCACAUUGUAACACACAGUACACACAGUUGUGCAUGUGUGCUCUCGUGCACAUGCAGUUGCACAACGGUAUGGCCACUGGAAAUAAUGGCUGUGUACAGUUGCAUCAUUGGAGUUGUGCAAUUUUUGCCUGUGCACAAGAGCACACUUGCGCAGCUGCAUGCGCAUUGCGUUACAACGUGCACAUAAGCUUGCAUUGUAUGUGAGCCAGUGAAUACAGCUACAAAAUAUAAAACAAAUCUUUUCAUAUUGUCACAAAGGGCUCUGAUAAUAUAACUGGGUAUUUUACUUUAGAAAUGUUUGGUAGUGCAAAUAAUAUGAAUCUUAUUGUACAGAAAUGAUAUUGUAAAAUCCUGAAUGAGCAUUUGUUAUAAAAUAUAUUUUAUCACAGAUGUGUAAAUAUUGGGGAAAUAUUGAUAAAAUCUCCUUCAAAGGUAACUUGGUGCUUGCCACAUGUUCAGUCCUUUCAUAUUCCUGUACAGAUUUGUUAUUUCCAUUCUAGAACAUUAGCUCAUGCUGAUGAUUUUAGUCAUAAUGAUUCAGUUUGUGGUAUGCGCAAUCGUAUCAAAUCCCGACAUAGUCUGGAAUUUGCAGAAUGAGAACUGCAGAAACUGAAAUACUCAUUGCAGAUUUGGAACUAAAUCAGCAGAAUCCAGAAUUUCUGGAGUAUCGGCAGAAUCCAGUUUGGGGAUAAAGAUUUCUACAGGAGCAGCUCUUGUGUCUUUUCCUCCAGUUUCUUUGGUUAACAAGAAGCGUUUGCCACAAGCACUUCAGCAAUGUGAACACAUCAGAAGGAUGUAAAUCUUUGGCAGGAUCCAGGGCUUGCUUUAAGGUCAGGACCAUAGCAAUGGAGUUCUGUACUAUAACAUUAAACUUGAUACAAAUAAGCAGCCAGAGUCUUUGAACCGUGCUAAAGAAAGGUGACUUUCAGAAUGCAAACCACAUGAGUGACUCUUUCUGAAGUUCUUAAGAAAUGCAUUUUGUCAGACUAGGGAGAAGGGUUAUAGAACUGAUGUUUACCAUGCCUACCUUUGGGGGGGGAAAGGCCAGCCAUUUAUAUGCCCAUACUCCCUACCCCUUAUGAUGGAAACACAUCUUGCCUUUUUUGCUCUGUAAGGUAUUCUACAAAUGAAAAACCUCAGCCACCACCAACACCCCACUGUAUUUGUUCUUAUUUGGAGGUCACGGAAGCUACAAAGAGCAACAGGGGAGAGGCCAUAGCUCAGUGAUAAAGCACUUUUUUAAAAAAAAUGCAGAAGGUCCCAGAUUCAACUCCUGACAUUUGCAGUUAAAAGGAUCAAGUAGGAGGUGAUGGGUAAGUCCUCUAGAUCUCGGGAAGCUGUUGCUGAUAGAAGCAAUUUGGGGCUAGAUUGACCAGUGGUUUGACUCAUUAUAAAGCAGACAUGUUCAACAGAACCCAACAGUGGCUGGCUUCGGCUGGACCCAUGACUGACAUCAUGACUAGUAAUGCACAGGAGUAAAGAGGGAUUAUGAGGACACAGCUGGAGCUGGCGUGCAAAUUCCCAGUCCCUCUACACGCACACUGUCCGGCAAGCAGCAGAAACAUCUCUGCUCUGCCUGUGCCCUGGAAGAGAGGAAACAUGUCACUGACCCUCAGCAACGUAUUUGCUCUCUUCCAGAGUGUGCGCAGAAUGGGCAUGUUUCUGCUUGCAGAACAGAGUGCGUGUAGAGAGAGUGGGGGAGUUGCAUGCAAACUCCAGUUGUGUUGCUGCAGUUCUUCUUUACACAUGCCCUUCAGUAGUCAGGCACUGUCUAUAUUUUCUCACAAAGGAAUGAGUUGAACUAAAAGAUCAAUGUGGCUAUUAGAUGUGUUAGGAACACAGGAAGCUGCCAUAUACUGAAUCAGACCAUAGGUCCAUCUAGCUCAGUAUUGCCUAUACAGACUGGCAGCAGCUUCUUCAAGGGUGGAGGCAGGAAUCUCUAACAGUCCUAUCUUGGAGAAGUCAGGGAGGGCACUUGGAACCUAGAUGCCCUUCCCAGAGUGGCUCCUUUCCUUAAGGGGAAUAUCUUACAGUACUCACACAUGUAGUCUCCCAUUCAUAUGCAACCAGGCCGGACCCUGCUUAGCUAAGGGGACAAGUCAUGCUUGCCACCACAAGACCAGCUCGCCUCUCCUAAAGAGUUUUUGAAGAGUAAGAAAACUUGCAUGUUUCCAUUUUUGUAAUGCCUGCUUUGUCAAGUGUAGGGAAAGUCCAGUCAGAGGCAUGUUUAGACAUGGGCCACCGGGCAGGGGUCUGUGGCCUCCUGCCUCCUGGGGGCCCCCAAAUGCUCAAGGGGGGGGCUUCUCAAAGCCCCAAUGCCCCACCACGGCUGCCUGGCCCCUGCUGCGUGCCGCCACAAUUUCCUCCACCACCAGGGGAAGCAGAGCAGACCACCCUGUUGGCGGGUGCAGGCGGGCCUCCUUGGCCUGCACGUGUGUGCCGUUGGAGUAUGGAGUGUCAAAUCCUGUGACAUGCAACACGGGGAGGAAUAAAAAAGUAAGGGGGGGACUCGCAGCGGGGCGGGGGGCUCUGAAGUCCUUUAGCCUCAGGUCUGGGUGCCAAAAAUACCUAGGUAUACCUCUGGCUCCAGUGUAUCUUUUUGCCACAUUUACUUUAUUGCAUAAUCCUAACCACGUUUACUGAGAAAUAUAUUGCACUGAUAUCUAUGGAACUUCCAGAUAAGUCAGUCUGAGGCUGCAAUGCUCAGCAUGCUAGGAAACAAGGCUCAUCAAACUCAGUGGGACUUGGAUCCCAGUACACAAGUUUUGCACUAGGGUGUUAGGUAGAGCUCUCAUCAGCAGUCUGACACAUUUACUACUACGACCACCACUACCACUGCUGCUGCUGCUGCUGCUACUACUACUACUACUACUUCUUAAUUGUUAUUCACCAUUACUAGUGUGUUAAGGCAGCCACUUUCAUCCAUUGCUUCUCAGGUAAAGGUUAGGGACAUAGGAAGCUGCCAUACACAGUCAGACUAUGGUCCAUCAAGCUCAGUAUUGUCUACGCUGACUGGCAGUGGCUUCUCCAAAAUUGCAGGCAGGAGUCUCUCUCAGCCCUACCUUGAAGAUGCCAGGGAGGGGACUUGGAAAUUGAGAUGGUAAUCCCAGAGCAGUCUCAUCCCCUAAACAGAAUCUCUUACCGUGCUUGCACAUGUAGUCUCCCAUUCAAAUGCAACCCAGGGUGGACCCUGCUUAGCAAAGGAGACAAUUCAUGCUUGCUUCCACAAGACCAGCUCUCCUCCCUGAACUAUGCCAGCUUGAAUCUAAAUAUAUCAAAGGCACUUCUGCUCAUGCACAGAGGAUCUCAAAUUUAGGCCCUCCCUUCUCGCUUGCUGCUGCAGCCCUCUGUGCCACAUGACAUGUUACUCAGGUCCCAACCCUCAAGAGCCUUUCAGAGGCACAGAGAACUGCAGUGGUAAGCACGGGGCUGGAAAGUCUCAUUCCAUGAACAGCACCUGCUUAUUGAAGUUAGGAUCCAAGUCCCUGUUUAAAGGCACCGUGUUCUGUUACGAGUAUGAUGCUGUCGGAAGUGAUCAUAUUAGAAUUGCCUUAGACAUCUCUAUGUUGGCAGUUCGUAACAAUGUUUAUAGCUCUUUCUUAUGUAGAUACCUAUACACAUAUGAGUCAUGUUUGAACAUGACUGCCCCUCAUUAUCAGGCAUUAUCAGGCAGAAAGGUUUUCAGCAGGCUCUACAUGAUGGGGGUAGGGGAGAAGCUUUAUUGUUUGAAGUCCCACUGUGAGCAGGAGGCGGAUUGAACACCCAGUGGAGCUUACUGGGGAUGUGCAUGAAACAGAUUUUGCUCCCCCCGCUGCCCCGAGCUCAAAACAAAAUGCAGAUGGCUGGAACGUUUGUCGAAGCAGCAGUUGACCCAGUUGGGCCUGUGUCUUGCUUUGGUGUGGUGGAAAGGCAGGCAGCUUGGCUCUGUUGGGUUCUGUGGGCCUUGGUUUGGACGUGCAAAUAAUGCCUUGACUUAGACUUGUAGCAAAUAAAACUGUGUUUUCUGCAUAUAUAUUUAUUUAA